AUGCUGCCAGUAAGAAACCUCACCAACCUCCGUCUCUCUAUAUACAGAAUCGAUCAGCUGACAAGCAAAGGUCCUGCCUUUGUUCCAGUCCAAGUCCGCCAGGGCUUCAGCCAGUACGCUCCUCCAACACCUCCGUACCCAGGACAUGUGCCGCCUUCCGUUGGCGCCCAGUCUCCUGCACAAGCAGAGCAGCCCAAGCCGAAGACGGAGUGGCCUGAAUCUGUCCGGAAAUAUGUUCAGCGAUCCUUCCUUCCCGAAAACGACGAUCCGACCGUGUCUCGCGCAGAGGUCGAGGCCAAGCUUAAGGAGACCAUUGGCACAGCCAAAGAAAAUGGCACUUUGUAUACCAUAGACUGGGAUGCUGUCCCUUUGCCGCAAGCCCUCGUGAAAGCCGACCGUGACGCACUGUAUAACAGCGGUAAUCACACGCCAUCAUCUUCUGAAUCUCUCGCCAACUCCAGGAAAAGAAAGUCUUCCGAUUCUGUCGACGUUGGAUCUAACCAACCACCGUGGCAUAAUGCUAACUCGCGAUCAUCCCUUGAGAACCGUAUUUCAUAUCCAUCACCAGACAAACGCUCCACAUUCGACGACAACUUGGCGAAAUCAAGUAAGUUACAAAAAGAGGCCGCCAGUAAACGCAAACGUCGCUUCGAGAGCGAAUACAAGGCUGUAUACAGAUCACCUAGUCCAACUCCACCCUCCUCGGGUCCAAUCAUUGGAACCAGUGAGGUGUUGGAAAAGAGGUAUCUUCGCCUAACUGCUCCUCCUAUUCCUUCCAAUGUUCGACCUGUGCACAUCCUGCGCCAAACUUUGGACUUGCUGAAGAAGAAGUGGAGGAAGGAGGGGAAUUAUUCAUAUAUUUGCGACCAAUUCAAAUCCAUGCGACAGGAUCUCACUGUUCAACGCAUUAAAACCGAUUUCACUGUCUCCGUCUAUGAGAUACAUGCCCGGAUCGCCUUGGAAAAGGGGGACAUCGGUGAGUAUAACCAGUGCCAGACCCAGCUUCGUUCCCUCUAUUCUCUGGGGUUAAAAGGCAAUCCUAUCGAGUUCAAAGCGUAUCGUAUUCUUUAUUUCAUUCAUACUGCCAAUCGUACCGGUCUGAACGACACGUUGGCAGAUCUAACCGCAGCAGAAAAGGAGGAAAGGCCAAUUAAGCAUGCUUUGCAAGUUCGGUCGGCUUUGGCUUUGGGGAAUUAUCACAAGUUCUUCCAGCUAUACCUUGACACGCCCAAUAUGGGCGCAUAUCUUCUGGAUAUGUUUGUCGCCAGAGAACGUCUUGCUGCAUUGUGUAAUAUCUGCAAAAGUUAUAAACCUGAUGUUAAGCUGCGUUUCGUCACUGAAGAAUUGGGCUUCGAGUCUGAUGCCGAUGCUGCCCAGUUCAUAAUCGACCACAGCGGACAGCACCUGCUGGAAGACCGCUCAGAUAACAUUGUUUUUCUGAGUGGGAAGGCCGGCCAGCUAUUUGAAUCAUCCAGAUCCGAAGCUUUUCGAAAAGUUGACAUCAAGGGACAGAUCUAA